AUCUGCUGACGAAGGACUAUAUCUCCGAUCAGAAGCUAUCUAUUUCAACCUACAGUGACACCGGAGUGGCCCUUACAUCAACUGCAGUAAAGAAGGGAGGGCUUUCAACUGGAGAUGUUGGAGCACAAUACAAAUAUAAGAACACCUUGAUUGAUGUAAAAGUUGAUACAGGGUCAAACAUCUCAACUACUCUUACUCUAAAUGACCUUGCCCCCUCAACAAAAACCAUUGCCUCCCUGAAAUUCCCUGACUACAGUUCUGGAAAGCUAGAGGUUCAAUACUAUCACCAUCACGCUGCCUUUAGUACCGCUGUUGGUCUGAAACAAAACCCUAUAGUUGAUCUCUCUGUCACGCUUGGUACUCCCACUUUUGCCAUCGGUGCAGAGGCAAGUUAUGAGACAGCGGCAGGUAAACUUGCUAAAUAUACUGCUGGCGUAAGUGUGACAAAACCAGAUUCCUGUGCUGCUAUCGUACUGGGCGACAAAGGGGACACAAUAAAGGCAUCAUAUAUACAUCAUCUAGAUGAAUUGAAGAAGAGUGCAGCCGUGGGCGAGAUCACUAGACGGUUCUCCACAAAUGAAAACACCUUCACAGUUGGAGGGUCAUAUGCUGUUGAUAACCUGACAACUGUGAAACUUAAGCUCAAUAACCAUGGCAAGCUGGGGGCUCUAUUGCAGCAUGAGCUGAUUCCUAAGUCAUCGUUGACUAUUUCUAGCGAGUUUGACACCAAGGCCUUGGAAAAGACUCCCAAAUUCGGUGUGGCCCUUGCUCUUAAGCCUUGAACUGCAUUUUGGGCGGGCAUUGCCUGGAGGAGAGGUGUUCAAUAAGUAGUUCAACAAACUUGUGUUUUUUUUCCCCACAAUUUAGAUGUUUUCAGGAUGAGUUGUUCUGAUUUUAGGGCCUGUUUAUGGUCUUUCCCGUCUUCUCCACUUUUCCCUUAGGAGAAAGACAAGAGAGUUUAAUGUUUUCCUCUGGAAGAGAUUUUUCGUUGGGUAUGAUGCAAAUAGCCAACCUCAAUUGCGUUAAUUUCAUUUUAAAUGUUUCCGAAA